UUCAGUGCAGUGCAGCAGGUCGAGAUUGACUGUUGACGCUGGAUGAAUGGGUGGCAAUUUUGUAACGGGUAUAAAUGAAACAAUACCUGUAAAAUACCUUCUUUAAAAAGGAAAGGUGUUGAUUUUGUUCAGCAAUAUUACGUCUUGCUGGAAAGACCUGAGGCAUCUACGAAAACGUGCCUUUCGUUGAAGACGUGCAACAUUGACUUGGCUAACUUUACAAGUAGCCCACUCUCAAGAGGAACAAGUCUUCACAUUUCACAGAACUAACAGUGUCUGAAUGUCAUUGUAGUUUGCUGUUGUACGUGGUCAUGGUUUUUUUUUUACUUAUUUUAUCCUCAUCGAUGCCUGGAUGUAUCAGGGAUUAAGGAAAACUCGGGAUCAAGUUGGAAAUCACAUCAACGGGCAUAACGUUACUAUGGGAGAGUCCGCGUGGAAAUGGGAAUAUAACGUUAGCUGUCUUAACAGAUAUGGUUCUUCGGCAAAGUUGUUGUACGCUCUCAAGCUGGCGUUUUGUCAAUAGGUUUCAUUUGUCUUUUCAAGCAAGAGACAGUACUUGCGUCCUAAAAUAGUUAAAGCGAAUAAGUGAACGCAUUUAUCAACACAACAAGUUAACAUGAUUUCAGAGGAACGGAGUAACCACAUCGCCAAACAGGCUCUCAGUUUUCCGGUGGGUUUGUUGAUCCGCUCACCGAAGCGACGCCUGGCCAAGCUCGGAAGAAAGUCAAGCAAUGGCUCCUUACAGUCCAACACCUCUGACAGCACCACGCGUUCAGUGGAGAGCUCCACGGGCGUGCGGCAGCCGGCCAAGAGCAAGAUCCGUCGCCACAACAACCGGCUGUCCACCGUGUUCAACCGCAGCCCCCUGCUCCGGGACAGCGGGAGCAGGAGCCUGGGCGGAGCAGGGGACGACCCUCACCCGGUCGCCGACGACCCCGCCGAGCUCUCCAGCCAGCUGUCCGCUCCGGGCAUCCUGAAGAUCUUCGGCAGCGACAUCUGCCAGGGCGCCAACUACAAGAGCGUGCUGGCCACCACCCGCUCCAGCGCCAAGGAGCUCAUCAAGGAGGCCCUGGAGAGGUACAGUCUGGAGAAAGAAGACACGUCCGACUACGUGCUCUGCGACGUGAUUGGCCAGACGGGCGCCGACCUCCAGUGGAAGACGGAGUGCUUCCGGGUGGUCGGGGAGCACGAGCGGCCGCUCAUGCUGCAGGCGCUGUGGAAGCCCAAGCAGGGCCUGUCCAGGCGCUUCGAGAUCCAGAAGAGAUCCACCGUGGAAGAGCGCAGCGCCCGGGAAAUGGACGACGUCACCGCAGGCCUCAACGCCCAGGCACGCAAGCUGCAGCGCGGCCGCUCCCGCGUCACCUCCCUCUUCGUGGACGGCAGCGAGGGCGACGCCGACGGCCAGGCCAUCUGGAGGAGCCUGAGCGACAUGGACGUGUCGGCCAUGGGCCAGGAGGCCGGCCGAGCCGCCAGGCGGGCCCUCGGGGGCCACAAGGACCCCACCGCCGCAACGUCGGCGUCAGCGGUCAGCCCGCCGGAGAGCCCGUCCGAGGCCACGGAGGCCGAGGCGGACGCGCGGAGCCUGCGCACGGAGAAGGAGGAGACGGAGAGCAGCGACGACAACAGCACGCAGUACUCGGUCCACCCGCCCUUCGACUUCCCCUACUUCCUGCUGCUGCAGGGCUACAACUACAGACAGGACUUUGUCAUCUACCUGAUGAGCGGCGGCAGCUGCGUGUUCGGCUGCUGCGCCGAGCACCGGCAGGGCGAGGACGAGGAGCGCCUGAAGGUGGACGUGCUGCUCUUCGCGCCGGACGUGCUGCCGCAGCACUGCCGCGUGCGUCGCCAGGACCCCGACGACAGCGAGAGCCACGGGGGCGGAGGGGGUGGAGGCGGUGGAGGCGGAGGUGGUGGGGGUCGCGUGGGCCUCACCCUGCUGGAGCCCUUCCAGGGGGCGGUGGUCACCCACAACGGCGUGCCCCUGAAGCACGAGGCGGCCCUCAGCCCGGGCGACCUGGUGGGCCUGGGUCAGCAUUACCUCUUCAUGUUCAAGGACCCCACCGCCGGCGACGCCCCGCACACCCCCGACUGGAUCACCUGGCUGUGCCCGGGCAGCGAGGCCUCGGACUGGCCCGGGAAAGCGGGCAGGGCGGCCCUCGGCGGCGUGGGUGUCGGCGGGGGCAGGAGGCGGCUGGGUCGGCCCAUCCUGCGCUGGCGGGACCUGGAGGGCCGCGAGCUGUGCCUGCCCUACGCGCUGCCGCAGGAGGACCGGCUCCUGGACGAGAUCCUGGCGGCGGCGGAGCCGGUAGGCGACCAGCCCAAGCUCACGCCCGCCUUCCUGCUGUGCCUGUGCGUCCAGCACUCCGCCGCCCACUUCAAAAUGGCCGACCUCCGCCGGCUCCUGUUGCGCAUCGCCAGCCAGAUCCAGCUGACCAUGUGGGAGAGAACCAAAGAAUUAGCCGUCAUCCAACCAGACAGGCGCUCCAGUGUGGAGCCGGAGGAGGCGGAGGAAGUGCUCCCCCUGGGCAUGACCCAGCUGGUGCCCGGCCUGCAGCCGCUGGUGCUGUGGAUGGCCAACUCCAUCGAGCUACUGCACUUCAUCCAGCACGAGGUGCCCCUGCUGCUGCCCUGGGGCCACAGCGCCGCCCUGCAGGCCGACGGCCACGAGCACACGGACGACGAGCUGGACGGCCAGCACGGCACAGGCCUCUCGGACUCCCAGAUCCUGUCCACGCGAACGGCUAGCGAGGAAGCCAUGACGGUGCUGGAGGAGGUCAUCAUGUUCACCUUCCAGCAGUGCGUCUAUUACCUCACCAAGAGCAUGUACGCGGCGUUGCCGGGGCUGCUGGACAGCAACCCGUUCUCGGAGAGCGGCGGUGGGCUGCGGGUGCCGGCGGGCGUGAGCGCCGUGCUGGAGGUCCUCCAGGGGGCGCUGCAGCUGCUGCAGGCCUUCCAGGUGCACGGGCAGAUCUCCUCGCAGCUGCUGGCCUACCUCUUCUUCUUCACCAACGCCUCGCUCUUCAACACCCUCAUGGAGAGAGGUUCUGGGGGUGGGUUCUACCAGUGGUCCCGUGGGGUCCAGAUCCGUGCCAACCUGGACCUGCUCAUGGACUGGAUCCAGGGGAUUGGACUCGGGGACCUUGCUGCCGAAUUCUUCCAGAAGCUCUCCUCCGCCGUCAACCUGCUGGCCACCCCCAAGGAGAACCUCCUGCAGGCGUCCUGGACGUCCCUGCGGGCGGAGUUUGUGCACCUGAGGCCGGCGCAGCUGCACCACAUGCUGCGGGAGUACAACCCCAGCAGGAGCUGCCCCUCCAGCUGGAGCCCCACGCCAGACGACGCAGAGGCCGCACUGCGCACCAGUGACAUCCUGGAGAGUUUUGACAACCACCCUCCCCUCAUCCUGCCCAGCCACACCUUCCACCUGGAGCUGGGCAAGCCUGUGGUGGACCAGGGGCUCUUCCGGCAGCUGGAGCGCAUGCAGGAGCUCCUCCGCACCCUCCCUGUAGACGACACUCCCGUCAGCUCACAGACCGCAGAUGAGCGGCAGUCCCUGACCUCCCCCUCGGUCACCGAGUCUCAGACGUCCAUCCCCUCGUCCCCGUCGUCGUGGUCCUGGUCGGAGGCCCACCGGCGAGCGCUGUCGCGGGACGCGCUGGACUCGCGGGCGGCGCGCGGCUCCCACAGCGACCUGAGCGCGUGCGAGGCCGGCCUGCUGACCCAGAGGCUGAAGAGCCUGGAGCUGCAGAGCAGCCUGGGGGGAGAGGCCGGCCUGGGCCUCCACAAGAGCCUGGCGCUGGACCCGUCCUGCCUGCUCACGCCGCCCAACACGCCCCAGAGCAUGGAGCAGGCCGAGCUGGAGGCCAGCCUGCAGGAGGGGGCCCAGCACAACAACAACAGCAGCAGCAGCAGCAGCAGCAGCAGCGCCCGCCACCGCAAAGCUGCUGGAGACCAGCGGAAGGUGAACCGAGAGGAGGAGGAGGAGGAUGAAGAGGACAGGGAGGAGGUGUUCACCGUGGAGCUGACGAGAGGGCCCCACGGCCUUGGGCUCGCCCUCGUGGAUGGCAUGAAGACGCCCCUGAAGAUAAACGGCAUCUUCAUCAAGUCCGUGGUGCCCGACUCCCCCGCCGCACGGUGCCAGAAGCUGCGACUGGGCGACCGCAUCCUGGCAGUGAACGGAGCCACCCUGGUGGGCAUGGACUACCACACCGGCAGGGAGCUGAUCCGCACGUCUGGGGACUCGCUGCGGCUACUGGUGGCUAAGACGGAGUCUCGAUCCAGCGGCAGGGGCUCCAUGACCAAGUGCUGAAACACGCCGCGAGCGGCACGGCACGGCACUCACCAAAUGGACACGAGGCAGUUGAGGCCUCCGACAACCUCUAAAGGAAUAACCGCGGCUUUUCUGACCGAGACAGACUCGUUCUCAGUCUACAAAAAGAAAGAGACAGAGACACUCUUUCUGUGUUCAGCCAUUUAUUUUUCAUGUUCCUGUGUUCUUUCAAACAAACAAACAAACAAACAAAAGCAUGCAUCUCUUACACCAAAAAAACUGAGAAAGUCCAAACAGCCAUGAAGGAGAUAGGGGUGGAGGGUUGACUAUCAGCACCAAAGAAAGCAAUCCCACAACUGGAGAUCUGCCUUGCCCCCCCAAAAACGAACACUCUGCAAAAGCAUGAUAGUGCUGAUGAAGGCAAGCUAUCUGCGGAGGCCUUCCCUCGGGCCAUAUUUAAGGUUGUCUUGUGGGGUAAUGGUAAGCCCAUGUUGCAAUUCCCCUUCACCAUCCCCAUCUGAAGCCCAGUGCUGCUGGUCAGGUUAGGAUGUCUGUGGCGAACGGAGAUGCCUUCCGCAGCCGGGACUAUUUGAGGACGACCAAGGUCACAUCCACUCCGACUGGCAACCGAGCAGCGCCCGGACAUCCUCCCUGCCAGACCACAAAUCCCAUAAUAGCCCUCGGCAUAUUCUAACAUGUUACCAAAUAUUACGAGAGGGUAAGAAAUAGUGUCGGACUUCUCCAGGGGCGGCCAUCUGCACACUUUUUUUACCUUCCUUUUUAAAACCAACAUUUGUCUCCAUUACCCGGUGGCUUUCGGAGAUGCAAACAUGUAUGAAAGGACGCGCUAUUCAGCUUAUUUGCAGCCCUCAGAGAAGCCGCCCAACACGAGGACUGCUUCUUAUAAGGACCUCUUUAGCACCACGUCAACAGUGUUAUCGUUAUUGGCGUUUUUAUGAUCAACAAAGUGAAAAGUGUUCAGUUAUUAUUUUGUAAUAUUUGUAUUCUUUAAUGUUGCCAUAUGUAUUUAAUAAAUAUUAUUUGGAAAUGAAAA